AUGUCUGCCCCGCUUCUUUUCCUCUGCCUCUUACUGGCCUGGACAAAAACAGCAUGGGCAAGAGACCAUACCAUGCCUUUCAUGGAGUACCUGGACCCAGACCGUCUGGUCUAUCUGAUGUGGGGCUUUGACAAUGUACAAGGAAACAUUAAAUUUCAACUGGCAGUCAACUCAACCGGCUGGGUGGGCUUUGGUUUGAGUCCAAAUGGAGGUAUGAAGGGGUCAGACAUCGUCAUAGGGGGACUUGGACCCAGUGGAAGCUACUUUACUGAUCUUCAUUCCACAGGAAACUCCAUGCCCUUAGUGGAUGAGGAGCAAAGCUAUACUCUCCUGUCUAUGACUGAAAAUGAUGGUCAAACCAUCAUGACCUUCCAAAGACCCAUCGAAGCAUGUGAUGAGAAAGACUUCCAUAUCACCGCUCAACCCAUCAAGCUGAUAUAUGCUUACGGAACAACAGAUGAUAUCAAAUAUCAUGGGGCCCGCAGAGGCACUAAGGAAGUGAACCUGCUUAACUAUAUGCCAAGAACCACUCCACCUAAUGUCAAGUCCAUCAGUGUCAAAGUGAACAAUAUCACCCUUCCUCCGAAUAUGACCUACUAUCACUGUAAGGUGAUGAACUUUCCAAACUUGAACACAAAACAUCAUAUUUAUCAGAUUGAACCGGAGAUUGAGCACGUUGACGUGGUUCAUCACAUGCUGUUGUACCGCUGCCCCUCCUCUGUGACGGAACCAUACGACAAGCCAUGUUACAUGGGUGAUGCAAGCGACGCUUGUUUUGGUGUGGUGGCUUCAUGGGGAGUUGGUGGAAGGACAUUUGAGCUUCCGGAAAAUGCUGGUAUUCCAAUUGGAGGAGACAGCGAUACAUUCUAUAGACUGGAAAUCCAUUACAAUAACCCUCUAAAGAAAGAAGACAUUACAGACAACUCAGGACUAAGACUGUACUAUACAGACCAACUCCGGCAGCAUGAUGUGGGCAUUUUAACCACCGGUAUGCUGCCAUUUAGGGAAUGGAUGUACAACAUCCCUCCAAAAACCCCUCAGUUCCACACCUACAGCACUUGUAAUACCAUUCACUUUUCUCAGCUUGUGAAUCCUAUCCCGGACCUUCAAGUGUUUGCUGUACUCUUGCACACUCACUUGGCUGGGAGGAAAGUCAGAGUUGGCCACUUCAGAGAUGGAAAGCAGAUAGACUUCUUGGGUUUGGAUGAAAACUACAACUUUGAGAUGCAACAGGUUGUCAGUUUGGGAGGGAUAAAGACAAUUCAACAUGGUGAUGAGAUCACUGUGGAGUGCACCUACAAUACUUCAGAUCGUACGAAAGUCACUAAGAUGGGUUUAUCAACCACUGAUGAGAUGUGCCUGGCCUUCCUCUUCUACUACCCUGCAAUCAAUGUCACAACAUGCAUUAGCCACCCAAAUACAACACUUGUAUCAAGCCCCAAUGACUUAACAUCUGAGGAAAAUUCAGACCAUGAAGCAUAUGAGAACUUGUUAAAGACCCUACCACAAGGUCAGGCCCUCUCCGAUGUUAAUAGCAACACAUUCUUUUACUCAAAAGGCUUUAUAAGGGAGAUAAUGAAGACACCCACUGUUGUUUGUCAGAAUAAAAAUGCAGGAAGCAGACUCUACACUACUUGGACCUUGAGCACAGGAGGAACCAUACUUUUACUUCUCUGGAUUACUAUGAUGUAA